AGAGACGUUUCAAAGGUACAUCCCACCCAUUACUACUACUACUACUACUACCUUUUUACGUCACCUCAUUAAAGGCAUCAUACACACACACUACAGGUAGAAUAUGUGAACUUCUAAAGGAUAAAUACCAACAGGAACAACAAUAAGGUGCCGAAACCUUUUACCAAGUUGGUUGAAACUACCUGACACCAGUGUGAGGUAAGCAAGCUAGUAACGUUGGCAAGGCAGAGUGCUUGGAAAACUUCAAGAAAAGAACAGUUGGAUAACCUUGACAUAUUCUAAAUACUAGUGUAAGGUCGUUAAAUUUCUGUUGUACAAUUGUAAUAAUUUGUAGACUUAAUACAGGAUUUGGUGUACAGAAAAUGCUCAUCAGAUACCAUUACAGAUAUCAGACUCAAUUAUUCCAAUGCUGUUAAAGUUCUGACAGUAUAAUUAUUAAUGAAUGUUGCAUAUGUAAAUAGCUACAUGAAAUUUAGGUUUUUAUUUGGUAAACUGUAAUUUUAUUUUGUAUGUCUGGUAAAGCAGUUACUUUUACUGUGAAGGUGAUUAUUUGUUAUAAGAAUAUUCAAAAUAAAACCAGAUAUUUUUGUACAUAUGUGAGAGAAAUGUAGAAUCUUGUGAUUACAGAGAAUGUGAGGAGAGUGCUAUACAGUUACAAUUCAGUUAAAAAGUGAUGUGUAUUAUGUGAAAUUCAAGAUUAAGUUGGUCCUGUUUGGAAGUAUCUGUGGGAAUACACUGUAUUAUAUAGCAGCAGGAAAGCUAAGGAGUCAUUACGUACUAUAAUUGAAGUUUCAUUUAGAGUGGUAUUCAGACAGUUGAACAGUGAACUUAAAACAUUUUGAGUACAUACUUUAUAACACGUAAUCUUUGUAUUUAGGCCCAUCCCUUUUGGUUAAGCUAGACUCAGAAGUUGUAAGUCAGAACAUCAAGGCAAAAAUGGAAGCUAUGGACCCAUUAUCAUUUUCUCCAGUCAAGCAGGAAUAUGAAAAUCUUUUGGAUAACCCAGCUGCAGUUACAGAUUAUAAUGAAGGCUCAUUGUAUUCAGGCCCAUCAGUUGAGGUUGAGGUCAAGGCUGACCCAGAAGAUUAUUUGUUUGAUGAAAUUGAAGACAUUGAGAAGGACUCGGCAAUUACCGAUGAAGAACUUGAUAAGAAAGUGAUUGUGGAAGUUGGUAUUCACAAAGAAGAAAAUCAAUUCACUUGUCCUGAAUGUGGAAGGGGCUUUUCACAGUCACAGAAGCUUCAAGUGCAUAUGAUGGGUCAUACGGGGGAGCAACCUUACACUUGUGAUGAAUGUCAGAGAAGCUUUUCCUCAUCAAGUAGUCUCAAAGCACACUUGAGAAAUCAUCCAAGAGAGAAGUCAUUUAACUGUACUGUAUGUGAAAAAAAUUUUUUCUCAGCCACAUGGUCUCAAAAGGCACAUGAGAACUCACAAAAAGAAGAGCCUAUUCCAUUGUAACGAAUGUGGGAAAAGUUUUUGUGAAGCAGAUGGUCUGGAAAUACACAUGAGGUCUCAUACUGGGGAGAAGCCAUAUGUUUGCACACUGUGUGACAUUUCUUUUGCUGACUCAACUCAUUUUAAAAGGCACAUGAGAACUCAUUCUGGAGAAAGGCCUUAUGCAUGCGUGGAAUGUCCCAGUCGGUUUUCCUAUGCAUGUCAUCUCAAAAUACACAUGAGGACUCAUACAGGAGAGAAGCCGUUUGCUUGCACUGUAUGUCAGGCUACCUUUAGACACUCUGGUCAUCUCAAAGCACAUAUGAGAACUCAUACAGGAGAGAAACCAUACACUUGCGAGGAAUGUCAGCAAAGGUUUUCUAACUUUGACAUUUUAAAAAAACACAUUAGGAUUCAUACAGGAGAGAAACCGUAUGCUUGCAAUGAAUGUUCACGUGCUUUUGCCCAGAAAAUUGGUCUCAAAUUGCACAUGAAAGUUCAUACGGGAGAAAAGCCAUAUACUUGUAAUGAAUGUCAAAGUAGUUUUUAUAGUUCAAGUCAUCUGAAAAGGCAUAUGAGAGUCCACACCGGAGAGAAGCCUUACAAAUGCAGUGAAUGUCAUAUGAGUUUUUCCCAGUCACAUGGUCUAAAAGGUCACAUGAGAAAGCAUAUGUAAGAGAUUUUGCUCUCUUGUGCUGAAUAUUUGUUUAAAUUCAAGUUAUUAAUAAAUUACUAAGUUUUGUUUCCACAAAUACAAACCUUCAUAUUUUACAUAGGAAUUUAGUUUUGAACUUGAGCUGGAAUGCCCAUUCAAACUUAUUUGGAAGGUAGUAAACAACAGACAGGCAAGGGGAAGCCCUUUCCACCUGUCGGUCUGCACUCUACUUUGCUUCUGGCUGCUGUCGAGUUCAGAUAUCUUCCACAACUCUCUUCCCAUAUUUUGCCAUUCAAAUUUUUUUUUAUUAGAUUUGUGUAUUCUUUUCCUUUUUUUUGAUUGUGGACUAUAUGUUUCUUUUGCAGUUUUUUAAACAUCAUUCUAUUAAGUUUUCUUGCAAGGAAUUAAGUAUGUAUCAUCCUCUAAUGUAUUUCCUAAUACAGUAUAUUUACCUUACAGUUACAGUGCGGUAUAUUUUUAGCCACUUGGAAGUUCUGUGAUGUUAAAGUUUACCUUAUUUAACGGUAUAAUCCUGGUAGCAUGAUCUGCCUUUGUAUUCAUUGGGAGUAAACUAUGUAGCCUUACUCCUCUUGAUUUCUAUGGCUUAGUCUUUGUGACCUUGAUAACUCGGCAGACGAGGCAAGUUUCAACAGUGGACAAUGAAUGUAAAAAAAGUGUUGGAAUGGAUUAGAGACAUUCUUUUGUGUAUUGUUCUUCUGAACCUCAACUCUACUCUGACUGUGCCUGUGAGUUUAGAGGGAGAGAGUCUGCCCCUUAUUAGAAGGCUUAUUAAGCUUCUUUCUAUGUAGCUUUCCAUUUAGGGUAGGGAAUGGAGUAAUUCAAUUCCUUGAGUGGCUGUCUUCAAGACUAGAAUCAUCUCCAGUCAUUGGUGGUAGAGACAGGAUAUCUCUCUGGUCAUAGCUGCUUGUCAGCAGGUAACAAGAGUUCUUACCUACCUUGGCAGUGAAACUUUUCUCUGCCCUGGCUUGUGGCAGACUUGGUCAGCCUUCAACCAGGGUUUGAUUCCAGGAGAAGAUCUCUGCUUUUUGAGGGAGAUCUUUUGUAUAUCUGAGAAGCUAUUACGGUCCUUCUAUCUUCAUGACUCUCACCUUUAGGAGUUUGACUCAUAGCCUAUACAAGUUUUUUCAAUGGUAGACAGAUACAGGACUGAACCCAGAGACUGUCUCGUUUAGCCCGAACAUUAGCAUAGUUAUAGGCAAGUCAUCUGUACUCAUGUAUGUAUGGCACUUGGUUGGAUGGAGAUCUUUUUGUUCAGAGAUGUCCAAAACUUUGUAACAACAUUCUGGACUGUCAGUCAAUAAGUUUGAAUCUUUCUCAUUAUCCUCUCUGAAGGACUUUUCAAUAAGUAGUGACUCUUGCAAGAUACUAUUGAGUUUUGUUUGAGUGGAGCAAUACUAUCCUUAAGGAAUGCAACACAUCAGACUAACUCUUCGGUUAGUAGUAAUAGAGAUGAGGAGUUUACCUUGUAUACUUCUCUCAGCUCUGUAAGUUGAUCCUCAGUCAUUGUCUCCUCUAGUGUGGAAGGAGAAUUGCAGCCCAACUCAUGAUGUAGGCACAUCACCCCAUACUUUCAGUAGAAACUUGUGGGCUAUAAGGUAUUAUUUACAGAGACAUGAUCAGGUAUGAUCACCUGCGCAAUAUUUUACCGACAGAAUAUUGCCCAAUGGCCUUGGACACACUUUCUAAUGACCAGUGGUGGCUGCUAACAAGUUGGAUACCGUAGCUCCCUUUAGGAUAGGUAGCACCUCAACUACACUCAGUUUUUUUCCAUCUGUCCAUCCGGCUGUGGUGUUUGCGCAUGGUAACACUGCAUCCCUGGGCUUUAAAAAAUAUCCUAUUUUGAAUAUUAUAAUUCGCAUACCGUAAAUUAUUAAAACACUUCUCAGUUGCAAAUGUACACCCAGAUAUCCUUUUCAUUGGCAAUGAAGGGAUGCAAGUCCCCUCCUCUCUUGGCAAAUGGAGAGGAGGACAGGCAAUAAAAGCAACUUGUAGAUCAUAUUUGUCUAAUUUAUUCUCCAACACUUCAGUAGGGGUUCUUAGAACGUGAUUGAGUAAUAGCAUAGUAAUUUUGGGGCUUCACAAAAAAGAAACUGUGGUUUAUGACUCGAGCCAGAAAUACAGAAGGUUUACACAAAAACCCAACCUCUUAGAACUAUUUUAUUCCCUAAUUACUUCACAAUCUCUAUAUUUAUAAUAUAUGAAAACUUACAGUAUAUGUACACAACAAAAUCAAUUCCUAUUCAAUCCACAUACACACACAAUAACUACCUUAUUUUAGACUUAAACUACGAAAACACUUACAUAUGUAGAACAACCACAGCACUUUCAACACCACUGCAACUAACAUGAUUAAUGUAAUAUUCUGUUACUUGUGUUCUCAAAGAGUAAAGCUUUAAGUAGUUCUGGGUAACAAAUAUCAUUAUUAGUUUUCUGUGGCAUUUUCUUUACUUAAAUAUUUCCUGCAGCAUGUAAACAAAAUGAUGAUUAAGCUUUCUCUAUCAAAUUCACUCCACUGAAACAAAUUAUAAACAACCAACAUUAGGGGUUUUGUUCAUUUCAAGGCAAAGAAGUCUUAUCUUCCAUUGGUUUCAUUCUGUUUUCCGUAUAGUAUGUUUACAGUACAGUACUUGAAAAGGUAUCAACUUUAAACUUCUAACUACUGGGAGUUUGUAUUCCUAUAAUUUGGCCAAACUCUUCAUCUGUGACACUUGAUUGGCUGGAUUCCUAAAUAAAUAAAGGGUGGCUAACUCUCCAUCUGUGACACUUGCUUGGCUGGAUUCCUAAAUGAAUAAAGUGUGAUACUGCUUUUUGGUUAGCCUUUUAUGACAAACAGGAUACUGCUUACGCUGGUCCUCCACCUCUCUUGUGCAAGCAGAACAGAACACAGAAGGGCCUCUAAACAGGAUCAUCAAACAAACAGAAAAAGAAAAAAUCUAUUACAACAACCAACCACAAAAUUCAAACGCACAAAAACACAACACAACUGAACAAAAGAAAAACUUUAUAUUCCUCUACACAAACCAAUGCCUUUUCAGAAUCCUACCGCAUUACAAACCCUUUACAUAAUGGCCUGGAAGUCUAGCAAUUCCCACAUCCCAUAGAUGCAGUGUGCUAGAGUUAUGGGGUACCUUCCUCUUCUCCUGAAUGGACAACUAAGGUAACAUCCCAAGUUGGGUGAACCUACCAGUUGUUUCAGAGAAUACCCAGAUUCCUCUCACCUGUGGACAGGUCUCCUAUGUAAUGAACAAAGGUUGGUUCUUGUAUAGGAACAAAUAGCAAAUUCUAAAAGUUAAUUUAUAUCAAUGGACCACUUCAACCAACGUUUACUGUUACCUGGGCCAGAAGGCAAAGUGGAAUGCAGACUGACAGGUGGGCGGGGCUUCCCUAUGCCUGUCGGCAGUUACUGCCUUCUCAGUAAGUUUGAACGGCUGUUCGAUCUUAUGUUUACCAGCUAAAUAAUUAUGUAAUGAACUUCAGAUUUGUAUGUUAGAAAUACAUGCACAAAUAACUUUUAAAAUGUGCUGUAUUUUGAAAACAGCAGAUUUUUUAUAAUUGUCCCAAACAAUUUUGCCUACUCCAUUACAAUGAAUGUUGGCAGCAAGGUUACUUAAAUUAACAGUAAUUAGAAAGCACGUCAGAAUACCAGUCAGAUUUAUUUAGAAUGUACUAGAGAAAAAGAAUUAUGUGACAGAUCAUAAAAAGUUAGGAACUUUUUUAUAGUUUAAAUGUCUUAGAAAAAAUUGUAACUGUGUCAGGACUUGCAUUAUCAUUUCAGUCAUAUUUAUUAAGAAAUAUGUAGUCAAACCUCGGUUUUCGUACACCUCUCAUUUCAUACUUUUCGGUUUUAAGUAGACUUUUUGAUAUACAAAAUUUUGUCUUGGUUAUCAUAUGUUUCCUCAGUUAUUAUACACUAGGAAACGCUCCAGCCAGGGCCCAGCGCAUGACCAACCCCCGUAUCAGGUGUCAAAACAAAGCAUCCUUUCUUUUGUUACCCAAUCUGCUUUUGUGUUUUUUAUUUUUGUGCUUUUUGCUUCUUUUUUUUAUUUGAGUGCAAAUGCUAAAUAAGGCAAGAAACGCUAGAAUUUAAGAAACUUGUAGCUAAGUGUUGGAAGAAGUUGCAUGCUGAUCUCAGUGAGAAAAUGCCUACAACAAGCACUGCUGUUAGUGAAUUUAAGGCCAACAGAGGCUGGUUUGGAAAAUUCAUAAAACGAAUGGGCAUACAUAAUGUGCCAAUUCAGGGAUUAAGGAAAUGUUUGCAAAGUUCAAUGCUGUAAAAAAUUUUGUGGAGAUUAUCAUCCCAACAAAGAAAUUGUAAUCUGUGUUUCCAACAUGUUUAAUGACAAUGCCGUUUAACUUUAGGCAAAUUUUAUAGAAACGCCAGAAACAAAUGUCUCUGGACAGUUUUGUUGUGCGACAGGGGUCCAGUAACUCAAGCUGGUCCUAGUGUCAGUAAAAAACGAAGAGGGGAAGUAACGUCAGAUAGUGCCAGUAAAAAACGAAGAGAAGUAACCCCAGAUAUUUCCUUGAUACCUGAAGUCCUUCUGGAGGGAAAUUGCCCUUCCAAACAAUAACCUCUCCUCCUCCCUCUCCCCUCCUCAAUUGUUUUGCAUAAAGGUUCAAAGUUAUGUUAAAUGUUAAUUUAUUCAUUUCAUUAGUCAUUUGUUUCAGUUUUCGCACGUUUCGAAUUUCGUGGGGGUUCUGGAACGGAUUAUGUAUGAAAACCGAGGUUCCACUGGUAAGUGACUGGUAGGAGAUUGUGUAGAAAGGUAACAGUAAAUCCUUGUUUUCCUCAUUUAGGGUACCAAAUUAGUAUAAUAUAACAAGUUAAAAGUCCGUUUUACAUUUUCAUCAAAAGGUGUUUCAAGAGUUAGUUGGUCCCAUUUGUACUUGUAAGGUGUCUGGCCAUAUACUACUUACAGAUUGUGUAAAGCCAAGAGACAGCCAGUGGGUAUUGGCCAACAGCCUACUAAGUGUUCUGUGUAGAAGAGAGUCCUAACUUCAGGUUACAAAGUCUUGAUUUUAUGAUUCCACUUAUUUUAGUUUCAAUGGCAAUUAGAAGCUUUUUUUUAUCUUAAGAAUUUUUUUAUCUAUUGCUGGUAAGAAAAUUGUUGCUACAUUUUCUGUGUUCAAGUUCUCACAAGACUUGUAUUGCUAAUGUAUUGGCAGUAGUACUCGUCUCUGUCACAUGGCUGUUUGGGUCAGAAACCACGUGUAUGAAAAGCAGAGCCACCCUGUGCUUCUUGCAGUAUGACAUCAAGCCAUCAGUGGGGGUUAAUGAGUAACAUUAUUGUUUGCCAAAUCCACUACUUGAUAGUGCAGCUAGUCUCAAAAUCUUCUUUCUUUAGAAUUUGGGAGGUACUAUCUGGAUCUCAUUGUAAAACAAAAGCAUUCUGUUUCUGGUUUUUUUUUAUUAUUAUUAAUAUUAUUAUUAUUAUUAUUGAUGAAGUAAAGAGUUUUUGAUAGAACACCAUUUUGCCUAGGGGCACUGAUGUCAGACUCCUUGAAACAUCUGUUGUUAUCAUUGUCUGUGAGACAUGGUCUGUAGACUCUUAUCACACAUAUGAAAGUUAGCUGUCAUAACUAGUAUUAGUCACUACUUGACUCUUCUCACCUGUGUGAAGUUGUGUCACAUUAAUAUAUCCGUACAGUAUUUCUUUUAUGUACCUUGUGUUACCCUUUAAAUUUUAAGUGUAUAGCCAACUACUCAUGUUCAGGACACUUUGUUACUCUUUAAUGACCUAUUUGGUGAGAAAUUGUGGCAGACCCAGUCAUUUCCAAACAGAGAACUAAAAAAUUCCAUAUGAAAAUCUUGAAAAUUCUGACUUAUGCUGAGGAACUGACUGCUUGUGAAACCAUGUGUGUUGCACAUAUCAGGACUUAAGUGAGCAGUUAUCAAAAGCAUCUCGGGACAGUACCACAUCUAAUGUCUUUAGUCUCAGUGACAUUUUUUGUUAACUUCUUAGACAAAAUGUCCGUUCACCAAUUCUUCCCAGACUAAAAUUUGCCAAACUUGGAGGUUGGAAGCAGUGUUUGCUGAAACAAUGCAGAAGCCCAGAUGUUACAGUGCUACUUGAACAAGGCUCUACCAUAAGAAGAAAGGGCCCCAGUUCCAUCCACUAUUGUGUUAAUACUGUUAGAUGCAACAACAUCAGGACAAGAUUCUAACGAGUCAUAACUGUCCCUUUUACUAAACUCCAGUGGCAGUGCUUUAAUCAAUAAAAAUACUAAUACUGAAUUGUUAUUUCAUGCUAGCCAUACUGACUGUUUUGUAUGUACUGCAAACACACAAAUAAAUUAUGUAUAAAAUGGAAAA